AUGGCGCGCAGCAGCUCGGCGCGCAGCAGCAGGGGGGGGGGUGGGGAGUCGUCCAGGGACGGCAAUGACAGCACGGAUCCGCUUCUGCUGUCUAUCCUGACUCUCUCCCAUCCCUGUCCUCAUUCGGCCGUGCAGUUGCAUCAUCCUCCCAUUUCUCCCUUUCCCUUUCUCCCUAAAAAGAUUGCCGCAAGACUCCCUUCCUCCCCCCUCAACCCCCCCUCCCCUCCCUUCUCAUCCUUCCCUUCUCAUCCUUCUCCUCCUCCCCUCCCCCCCUUCCACCUCCCUCUCCCCCUCUUCCCCCAGCUCUGCACGUACACAGACGAGCUCUGCCAGCAGCAUAGGAAUGCCGAGGCUGGGAACGCUGCGGCUGGGAGUGCCGAGGCUGGGAAUGCCGAGGCUGGGAGUGCCGAAGCUGGGAAUACGGAGGAAGCAGGGGCGACAGACAAAGCAGCAGCGGUGACAGAAGAGGGCGGAGGCGAAGCGGACCGCCAGGGUUCGAUUCCUGCCGUCGUCAAAGCAGCAGUUUUGGCGGAACUACAGAGUAACGGGUAUCUCAAGGCAUUCCAGGCGCUUAUAUCCGAGGGUCAAGGUCUGGUUGAGCAGGCGCGGGGGAACUUGGGGGAGCGGGCGGAGGGGGAAGGAUCGGGGGAGGGGGAAGGAACGGGGGCGGGGGAGAAGCGAGGGAAGUUGAUAGCGGAGGGGGGCUGGCGGGGGGAGUUGGCGCUUCCGCUGCUGGAUAUGUUCGGAACGGGCGCUCUGAGCGAUGGCCGCGCUGCAGGCUGGGAGAGACGAGAUAAUGGCGGAGACCAGGGCCAUAGCGGCGGAAUGCACUCAGCUGCAAGCUAUGGCGUGCGGUUGAUUGAUGGGGGAGGGGAGGAGGGGGGGUUAGCGGGCAGCUUCAAGCAAGCAGUCACCCUGCGCCGGCACUUCAAGCAAGCAGUCAGCCUGCGCCGGCAGUACAGCAAGGGGGGCGGCAAGGCACCGGGAGCCAAGAGCGGGAAGGCAGGCGGGACAGUGAGCGCGGGGGCAGACCCGCUGACUGUCUUUGUGGUGGAUCGGAUUCGGCAUUUCUGCAGCUGGGACACCAAGCACGCGCUGCUAGGAGCGCACAGCAUCAGCUCCGCCUCCUCCUCCGCCUCCUCUUCCAGGCGCUCCUCUCUCAAGCGUCUCACCAGCACGCCUGUCAACACCAACCGCCGCUCCCUCGUGCUCCCCGCCUCCUCCGUUUCCGCCACCUACCCUUCCCCUUCCCCCCCCGUCUCCGUAGCCCCGGCCAGCUCUGUUUCUGCUAACUACUCUUCCUCCCGUUCGUCCCCUCAUGCCUCCCCUUCCCCCUCCCCGACCGCUGCUGCCACUGGGGGCGGGGGUGGUGCUGCUGCUGCUGCCAAACCCCCUUCUCCUUCAGCUGCUGCUGCUGCCAAGCCGCCUUCAGACGAGCUCCCUGACUGGCAUGAUAUGGCAACAGGCAUGGUGGAAGGGUUGUGGGCGGCUAUAGAGGCCAAGGCGCCUCUGGUGGCUUCUGCAGUGGCGGAUUCGGGGGAUGGGGGGGAUGUGGGGAAGAAGAAGGAAGAGGAGGAGAAGAAGGCGAAGAAAAAGAGUGGGUUUUUUAAGCUGGGGGGUGGGAAAGAGGGGAAGGAGAAAGGGGAUGGAGGCGGGAAGGCUGGUGGCGGCGGCGGGGGUAAAGGGGGGAAGGUAUCGGUUCAGGAGAUCUUGAGGGGGUUAUAUCUGUUCAACAAUGCGGCCUACAUUCAAUCGUGA